UGCUUACAAGCUGGCCAACAGAAUUUCAAAAGCCGUGUCACAAGACAUCGCUAGCUAGCGAUUGAGCUAGCUGGCUUAGCUACCGUUUCCAUCGUCACUUCAAACUCUUCUCGUUAGCGCUGGCUGGCAAAAGGGGUCAGGAUGGACAAUUCAGGGUACUGCAACGAGAGCUUCAACAGCCUGCAGAGUGGCACCAGCGACGAGGACAUGGUGGAGAUAGCAGGCGCCACUCUCGAUUUCUCCAGCACCGAUGACGUACCGCCCCUGGACCGGGACUAUACCUCAGGCUACGGUACCCAUGGCAGCGGGGGGGACAUGCUGAACGGAGGGACCAGGCUAAUGGACCUGCUGGAGGAGGCGGCCCCAGGAGUGGGCACAUAUGAGGACUUCAACACCAUCGACUGGGUCCGCGAGAAGUCCAAGGACCGCGACCGCCACAGAGAGAUUGCCAGUAAAAGCAAAGAGUCGACGUGGGCUCUGCUCCACAGUGUCAGCGAUGCCUUCUCCGGCUGGCUUCUCAUGCUCCUCAUUGGCCUUAUGGCUGGGGCCCUGGCCGGAGGCAUCGACAUCUCGGCCCACUGGAUGACGGACCUGAAGGAGGGCGUGUGUCUGAACGGCUUCUGGUUCAACCACGAGCACUGCUGCUGGAACUCCAACGAGACCACCUUCCAGGAGCGCGACAAGUGCCCGCAGUGGAAGAGCUGGGCGGAGCUCAUCAUCGGAACCACGGAGGGGGCGUUUGCAUACAUCGUGAAUUACUUGAUGUACGUUUGCUGGGCACUGCUCUUCUCCUUCCUGGCGGUGUCCCUGGUCAGGUCUUUCGCUCCCUAUGCGUGUGGUUCUGGUAUCCCUGAGAUUAAGACCAUCCUGAGCGGGUUCAUCAUCCGCGGCUACCUGGGCAAGUGGACCCUGGUGAUAAAGACCAUCACCCUGGUGCUGGCCGUGUCGUCCGGGCUCAGCCUGGGCAAGGAGGGCCCGCUGGUGCACGUGGCCUGUUGCUGCGGCAACAUCCUCUGCCACCUCUUCACCAAAUACCGCAAGAACGAGGCCAAGCGCAGAGAGGUCCUCUCUGCUGCGGCCGCAGUGGGCGUGUCCGUGGCUUUCGGAGCUCCCAUUGGAGGGGUGCUCUUCAGUCUGGAGGAGGUGAGUUAUUACUUUCCGCUGAAGACGCUGUGGCGGUCCUUUUUCGCCGCCCUGGUGGCGGCUUUCACGCUGCGCUCCAUCAACCCGUUCGGGAACAGCCGGCUGGUGCUGUUCUACGUGGAGUUCCACAGCCCCUGGCACCUGCUGGAGCUGGUGCCCUUCAUCCUGCUGGGCAUCUUCGGGGGCAUCUGGGGCGCCCUGUUCAUCCGCGCCAACAUCGCCUGGUGCCGCUGCCGCAAGACCACGCGCCUGGGCCACUACCCGGUGCUGGAGGUGCUGGUGGUCACCGCGGUGACGGCCGUGCUGGCCUUCCCCAACGACUACACGCGCACCAGCGGCAGCGAGCUGAUCUCGGAGCUCUUCAACGACUGCGGCCUGCUGGACUCGUCCAAGCUGUGCGACUACAUCAACGUCAACGCCAGCAAGAGCAGCAACGAGCUGCCCGACCGCCCCGCCGGGCACAACGUCUAUACCGCCAUGUGGCAGCUCUCCCUCGCCCUGAUCUUCAAAAUGCUCAUCACCGUGGUCACCUUCGGCAUGAAGGUCCCGUCGGGUCUGUUCAUCCCCAGCAUGGCGGUGGGGGCGAUAGCGGGCAGGCUGCUGGGGGUGGGCAUGGAGCAGCUGGCGUACCACCACCACGACUGGGCCGUGUUCCGGGGCUGGUGCUCCCCCGGGGCGGACUGCAUCACCCCGGGGCUCUACGCCAUGGUGGGCGCGGCCGCCUGCCUGGGCGGGGUGACGCGGAUGACCGUGUCGCUGGUGGUCAUCAUGUUCGAGCUGACGGGCGGGCUGGAGUACAUCGUGCCGCUGAUGGCGGCGGCCAUGACCAGCAAGUGGGUGGCGGACGCGCUGGGCCGCGAGGGCAUCUACGAGGCGCACAUCCGGCUCAACGGCUACCCCUUCCUGGAGGCCAAGGAGGAGUUCAGCCACAAGACGCUGGCCAUGGACGUGAUGCGGCCGCGGCGCAGCGACCCGCCGCUCUCCGUGCUGACGCAGGACAGCCUGACGGUGGAGGACGUGGAGACGCUCAUCGCCGAGACCACCUACAGCGGCUUCCCCGUGGUGGUCUCCCACGAGUCCCAGCGCCUGGUGGGCUUCGUGCUGCGCAGAGACCUCAUCAUCUCCAUAGAAAACGCACGCAUGCGUCAGGAUGGGAUCGUCAGCACCUCCCGCAUCUUCUUCACCGAGUACAUGCCCCCCCAGCCGCCCGAAAGCCCCGCCCCCCUCAAACUGCGGGGCAUCAUGGACCUCAGCCCCUUCACGGUCACCGACCACACCGCCAUGGAGAUCGUGGUGGACAUCUUCCGCAAGCUGGGCCUUCGCCAGUGCCUGGUCACUCACAACGGGCGUUUGUUAGGAAUCAUCACCAAGAAGGACAUACUGAAACACAUGGCUCAGAUGGCCAAUCGGGACCCUGAUUCCAUCCUCUUUAACUGAUCCCCCCCCCCCUCCAUUCGGGACAUCCCAUUGUCAGCUGCCCCCCACCCCCGGGAUGUUUAGAUAUUUAUUUCACCUUCAGACCCGCCCACAGAAUUGCACUAUUUUCAUUACUGGGAGGGGCGAAGAUUUGGGGAGGAGCAGGGGUGUCUGACAGCAGCGUUACUGAGGAGGAGGUGGAGAGUGGUCUACCCCCCCAGAACCCCCAUCUGUGGAGCCAGCUUGCGUUGGGCCUCCCUGGUUCGCUGGGAGGAACGGUGAGGGGGUUCUGAAGCUGGAAAGGGGGUAACAAAGAACUUUUUUUUUUGUUGCAAAAAUACAUAUCACCACCACGAGAGCUGUGAUUUGAUACUAAUGUGUGCGUCGACAAAUCUGUUACUGCUUGACAUGCGCCAACUCUUCAGGGAAUCACGACCCCGGCUUUCUGCUGCAUACUGGGAACCGGUCCGGCCUCCCACUGAUUCUCAAUGCUGCAUUCUGGAGGCAAAAAAACUCCACAGUCCUGUUUAAUGUUUCAUCCAUUUCUCCUUAGUUAACAAAGUUCCUCCCUUUAUUGUCAUCCGAAGCCGGCGCUUUUACACAUUAAUGAAGACCCCUAUAAAGCUGUGCUGACAGGCAUUGCAAAGACACCAUCAAGAUCAGAUUGGCUCUUUGGAUGGUUGAAAUCUACUGGUGAACAAUUAGGCAUGAUUUAAAGGCCGUAAAGAUAAAACAAAUCUGAAUCUUAAGGUACAAGUCUUAAAGAACUCUCCGUUUUGGAGAAAUGGCUUAAAUGACCCCACAUGAGCUUUGGCAUCACGUGACCUUUGAGGCCUUGGCAUGUUUCUUUCAUGAAGUUUCUGAAAUGCUCAUGUUACAAGUGACACUGUAAUGAGAUUGACAUCUGGGUUGAUAAUGAUGUGCGAUACAAGGAAUCACUUUACAGCGUGUAGCUAUAAUGAAUGAAAACCAAAGUUUUGGUUUGCUAAUUUUUUGUUUUUUUAUUUAUUUUGCCACGUUAAAGAAACAUUUCAAUUUGGGAUGCAUCUAUCCAGCUGUUGACACUCCGUAUUUCACUGGCUGCUGUCUCCAUGGAGACCAGCCUGGCUUCCGUCCCACAGCCAGUGUUAGCGUCAGCCCACUUCCAUUUGCGGGGACCUCGAAAUCCCGCUGUAGUCGACUGGAAAUUCCAUUAAGCCUGGUGAGAGUUUGUAGACAAAAUGUACUGUGUAGUUUGUGUGAGACUUCAACAGUACUCUUCCAUUUGCGACGUCCCACUUCCAGCUGAAUUGUGGGAUAUUGCUGUGGCACAUUUAGCUAAAUUGGCUAGAUUUGUGGGAUAUUUCUGUGGGAUUCAUAGCUAAACUGGCAAAAAAAAAAGUAAUUGCAUAAUGGCUGCUAUUUCAGCUUGUUCUCUAAUGAACUUAUUCCAGACGCUGAAGUGGAAGUGCAGUUGAUUUUACUCUGCAGUAAGGGAAAAGCAUGACUCCAGCUUAAGUAGCGCUGGUCAUUUCCAGUCCUAGUAGGCUGCAGGGUUGUCCGCUUUCCUUUGGUCGUGCACCUGGGUGAGAAAUCCAGUCGGACUCAGAGGUUGAUCUCCGGUCUGUAAAUGUGUACGAGCGUACCGAUGGUGGUGCUCUGUUUCUCUGGCAUGAUGAAGGACACAAACUAUUUGAUUGUUACUGUGGACAGCACUUUCACUUCCCACUGCAGUUUUGCACUUAUGAUCCAUUCAGUAACUGCCGCUUCCUGCAAAUGCCUGCCAGCCUUCAGCCACGGCCACUGGGUUGCAGUUCUCCUCUCUGGCCACUAGGCAGUGCUGUUGCUCAUCUGUUAGUUUCUUCAAAGAUGGUGAUUGUUCAAGCUGAGUCACCGCUGCUUGAGUUUUAGUUUUGGCACUGGUUGUAGCUCGUGUCUGAGACUGUGUAGAGAGCAGAUGUCUUUAAGGAGAAAAAAAUGUAUGCAAAAUCAUUCUGUGAAUAAUCACCUCUUUGGGAGCAAGCAGAAUAUUACAAAUCCCAUGUUCUGAUAUUGUAGAUUGGUGGGGGAAAAAAAGGGAUUUAGUCACGCAGUUUUCCCUCCAUGUAUUCACCGUCUCUGCUCCCGAGUGCUACUGUCACUGCCUGCGUCGGACAUCUUGUUCAUGUUCUGAGGUGAAUGUGGACAGGAGGUCAACGUUACAGCCGCGAAGCUCCACUUUCAUGCGUUUGGUCACUUUCGAAGCCACAUCGCUUCAUGUACUGCACUUCCCUUGUCCAACACGAUUCCCAUAAUCAUUGAUCCACAGCCCACCCCUUUUAAAUUAUGUCUACAGGCAGCCCUUCUCAUCUUUGUCUUUGGUGCAGGGGCAAGACAACCCAGAUGUGAGGUAAUGCAACCUCAACAAAACCAUUUGGAAAAAGCAAGUGUAGUAAAAUAAAAAUCCAGGAGAGACUCCGUGACUAUAAUGUCUCGUCAAAUUAAAUUUCUUCCUCCGUGCUGUAAGCCCCUCCCCCUCCCUCCCUCCCUCCCUGUGUUUUAAAAAGCAUUUAAGGGGUUUUGAGGGAGGCAGCGACUGGACUGUGCGUCAGGCCUUUUCUCUAAUCCCAGGAGCCUGGGCGGCCUGGCUCCAGGGCCUAUUGUUUGGGCUGAUGGCGGCUUCAGCGGCCCGCUGGCUGCCAGGAUGUUUUCAGCCCGUUUCCUCCACCGGGCCCCGUUCGCCGCGAGGCCGGCUCCCACUCUUGGAAAGUCGACUUCCUGUCUCUUUUUUCAAAGGGCGACAAAAAGAAAUAAAUAAGUGAGAGACUGUGGCGAUGUAGACAGAAAAGCACUGUUGAUGCAGACUUAAGCGGUGGAGGUGGUAGGAGGGAGAGGGCGCAUUAAGCCCUGGUCACACCAUGAGAAAGUGUCCCCGGGGGAGGAGGGAGGUUAACCAAACACCCACGGUGGGGCCGCACACCCGUCUGCGUCCAGGCCGGCUUCUCAGACACGGCCGGCGUGCGGCCAGAGAUUCUGCCGGCUAACCAGAUACUCCACUCCCGAUCUCUUCUUCUGUGUUACGCUAUGGGAUAGAAUGUUAAACGGUACUGCGUCGUACUUGGUCACGACCCUUUCAUGAAGGUUCAUCAGUUUCACCAGGUUGGAAUGUUUCUGCAUCAGCAGUAGGGAGGCUGAGUGUUCAGGGUGAAGAAAGUGGAGCAGAGUAUCUUUUUAGUCAGUAGAUUCUGUAGCAUGGCUCUGUAUUGCAGUAGUUAAUGUCACUGCCUCUGGUCCCUGUUGCCAUGAUGGAGUCACAGAGGGGACUCGAACUCUGAACUCCCCAGUCUCAGUAGCACGGAACUCUGGGUAUUGCUGUUCAGAGAAGUGUUAAAACAUAUAGCAGUUGUGAUACACUAAAAAGCGCUCCAUACAUAAUAUGUCCUUGUCUGUCUGUUAUUUUAUUUCAAUUUUUUUCUGGAGAUAUUUCCAUAACAUAACAUUGGCUUACAAUGGAAUGUGUAUUUAUUUUGUACUUGUACAUACGAGAAAAUGAGAUCUGACGUUGUUUGUAUCAUUUUCUGAUUGCAUAUGAAUGCAACCACAAAGCAUGAAUGAGACUGAUCAAAAUAAUUUAUUCCCAGAAUCAACUCACAUUUACUAUAAAUUAAAAAAGUGAAACUUA